AUAGACUCACGGUCUGAAACUACCUGGAGCAAUGGACAGGCGGCAAUGAUGGCGAAUCAGUCUAACAGCAAGAGCACGCACUUGACUUGAAGUGUCAUGCGUGGAAUGUUAACUGAGGGAACCAAGCAGAGCUCGGAAUUGCGAGUGAUGACAGUGCUUAGCGGCACCAUUGCAUGGAGUUAUUGCUCACAGGACUUAGAGCACGCAAGGGUGUGGUAAUCAAUAUAUGAUUAUGAUUUGGAAGCAGAUUGGAAUCAACCAAAACCAUUUCCAGGCAUCAGAGUGAAGGACGGCGAUUGGCUUCGUGUAAAGGACUGGAGGCAGUAAGAAGUAUCAGAUGAGAAUUCAAGAUUGGGAGCCCAUCAAGCAAGCCAAGGAAAGCGUGAAGGAAAGUUUGAAGGAGUUGGAAUCUACAACUGCUACUAGCGAAACUCCGACUGAAUUUUUUGAGAAUGUCAAGAAAAUUGAGGUUUUUGAGAAUGUGAAGAAUCUGAAGCUUAUUCCGAUAAAGUCAUCAGCGUUUGACGCCAAGACCGAAUUUGAGAAUGACGUUGCUUCCUUGUAUGUGAAGGAAUUGCUGGUAAAUCUCGUUAGGCAGUCUGAAUCUUGGCUUGACCAGUUUGAUGUAAAGAAAGCUGUUUCAGAAAAGCUUUGCGAAGCUCUUAGGAUUUAUUAGCGCAAGGAGCAGCCAGUCGCGCUUAAUAGUGAUAGCCGAGAAAUUCAACCAGCAACAAAGCAGUCGUGAAUAGUGUGGAUGACUUAGACCUGCAAAUUGCUAGUGUUGUUCUAAGCACUGGUUAUCGAUAUAAAGGAGGCUUGUUCGGGAAGCAAGCCGUUGCAAUGGACUAGAUGAAUGACCAAAGGGAGGAAUCUGAUCUGUAAAAAUACACGGACAAGGAAGUGAGAUCUACAUGGCUCUUCAAGCAACCACAUUUUCAGCACAUCUGGCAGAAAGAUCAGAGCUUGCAAAAGCAAUGAUAAACGCUAAUUCUUCCAGAAAAGAAAAGAGAGUCUCUUCCAUCAACAGUCCCUCGUUCAAAGACAUGUGGAGAACUGCACGUCUUGGCAUUGAAUUUGCUAUUACGGGCCGGUUUGACGGCCUGAAGGGAUCAGAAGCACUCAGAUCCUUGCACAGAAGGCGGCGAAUCCUGCAUUGCCUGGAUUAUCACCUCACAAACCCUCGCGAUACUUUAUAAAUAAAAAGCACUAUUCAUGAACAUAACAAUUUGAUUUGUGCUUGUCACUCCAAAAACAUUGUAAAAAAAACGAUCACGG